UGAACAACUAAUGUAUCUCGACGUGGCGAUAAUAGUACGGUUCACGUUUCUUUCAGAUUUUGUUCUGCAUGCGACAGUAUGAAGUUCCGGAGGAGGAGGCGCGUGCGAGGAACAAGGCGAAGGCAUCCUGCAUGAGGCGUCUGCUGCCGGACGUGGCUCCAGAAAGGUUGGAGUCUGUCUUCGUCGAGUACUUGAAGAACAGGAGCGCCUACUUGGAUGACGCGCUAACCCUCUGCUCCUAUUUAGAGACUCCGGCAGGUAAAUGGGCCAGAGAAGAUCCGAUGAUCCAGUACAAGUGCCUCAGAGAACUGCUACCUCACAUGCCCAGCCGUGCGCGUUCAGCCUUGUCUUUUCGCAUGGGCCUGGACGUGCAGGAAGAGGUCGUGGACAAGAUGUUGCGCUGUGAAUCGAAAGGCGGCACGCCGUUAGCGUUUGAAGGCAUCCUGCGGCCCGAAUACCUGCACUGUCUGUCCGUCCGCCGCAAGCGUCCGCAUAAUGUCGAGAUGCUCGAUUCCUCAACUGUGUACGACAAUCCGGAUCCUCAGCAGAAGCUGAAGCUGUGCAUCAUGCAUAAAAGAUCAUCCAGUGAGGCAUUCAUGGAGUACAGGCAAUACCGAACUUCGGCAGCAAAAGAGCAGAAGAGGGUGGAGGACUGCUACAACCGGCACUUGGACAUUCCUGUGGGGGGGACCACGAUUUCUGGCAGCGCAGAAAGCGACGUUGCAUCAGAGGCGAGCACUGCCGUGGACAGUGAGGUGCCUGCGGAUGAGCCGUCGACGACGGUUGCGGCCGAAGUGAACGAAGUGUGGAGCACCGUUGUCCCCAUGACAGCUGCGACGAGCGAGCCGGACACCGUCAGGUCCGAGUAACCGUCGACAGUAACGUCGCAGAGCGAGAAGAGAUGACUUAAGUUUAAGAUUACGAAAUAAACUAGGCCGAGUUCGUGCGUGACCUUUUUAUUCUGUGCUCUAGAUGGUAAGUGUUCAUCUACGAGAAGGAGAGAAAGUUUAACGGCAUCUGUAGAAGGUAGCCUAGGGAGAGGCUUGACAUGUUACUUCGUGUGAUAAAUAAAAGCUAAAAGAAA